AAUGCUUUGUUCAGUCACAGUGGAUUGAAUAUAUUUUGCUAACAACUUCUGAAUUCAGAAAUUUUUGUGGUUGCAUAAAUGCAUAAUUAGUUCAAUAAGACCAUGAAAUUAUGAAAUAACCUACAGUGCAGACUUCAUUUAGUUAAGGACAGAGUCCGCUUUUAAAUUUGAGUGCAACUUGACCAGAAUACUACCACCCUCAGUGGUGGAGAUAGUCGAACGUUUAUUAAAUAUUUUCUAUUAUUUGGAACCAUAUUUUUGAAAUAUUUACAAACCCUUCCCCUCGACUCUCGACUACCAUGACCAGUGGGGCUUGCUUCUUUACAGUCUUGAACUUUAAAUAUCGUCUUUUUUCUAGAAGGGAAGCCAUUUUUAACCACCAAAUAUCAAGCUUUAAAAAACGGUAUGGGUCUCAUCCUCCAUGGUCACUUUGAUCACUUUUAAUUUCAUAUUCUUCCAUGACAUGCCAUGAUGUUUCGCCGUAUCGAAUUACGAUUCCAUACAACCCCCAAUAUUUUGAUGUCACUUAUUCCAUUACAUUAGUAAGAUUUUAGCAUUUUACUUUAUAAAUGCGAAUUAUAGAACUUACUUACUUUGCAUAUAUUAACUCGUAAGAUAUGCACGUUGUAUAACACGGCACAAAUUUUGUUUUCAUAAUGCGAAUCUAUGUAUAGCUGUGAUGCUAUCGUUCAUUGUUGCAUAUCAUGCUUUCCCAGCAGCCGCAGCACGCUGACGAUAUUCACACUAAUCCUAAGAACGUGAUGCAUCUCUUCAACAGUAGCAAUGCACGCUAGGAUUCUUCAGUCAGCUCCUUGGCACUUUGAGAAGUUCCCAUCCGUCCUCAUCCGUGGACACUUCCACUUCUUCCUCCUUCCCCACUUUUCGCCCUACUGACGCCUGACGACAUCCGAAGACACGCUCAGACCUGGCUUUAUAAACGCACUCCGAGAUUAACUUCAAAGCUGACAUUUUUAGAGAUUUUUGGCCCCUGUCCUUCAGCAAUUUAAUUUGAGGAAUGGGCACAUUAUGGGGGUUCAUCAUAUAUGCGAAAGUUUAGUGAAAAGUGAAAUAAAAUGUUCAAAAUUGUUUUUACGCCAAAAUAUUUGCAAUUUGAAAAAUUAUUAAACAUUUUAGUUCCUGAAAACGAACUAAACAAUGUGAUACCAAUUGCACGUGAGGCACUAUGAUACAUUCAAGUUAACUAUAAGUUUACUCUACUCUGUGAUAACUACGUUAGCGAGCGAGGGGAAUUCGAGACACGAAUUAUUAAAUUGAUACUUAUUAAACUUUGCAUGGGGUACAUAAGACUGGACCUUUUUUUACAUUUGGAUAAUCAUCAUUAGUGAAAUCAAUCAUGGACUCACAUUCGAGACAUCACCAUCAUUCAGUGCACAGUUGCCAUCUUAAACACCAUGCUAAUUCUAAUGCUGGAGGAAAUGGAUUCGACAGGUAUGGUGGUGGAUUUCCCCAAUUGUCAAGGAUAUUCCCUCCGAUCUCAUCAUCAAGUUCAACCACAUCCUCCACGGCUUCAGAUAUCCAUGUGACACGCAAAUUCAGAUUUCAUAGGAAAUUAUGCGCUUGCAUCGCUGUCGCCGUGUUAUUCGUUGGGAUUGGAGCCUGUGUUGGGAUUUACCUUGGAUAUCAGUUCCUGAGCAUGUCGCCCUUAAUGGAACAAGUUUUCCGGGGAACAAUGACGAUAAGGAAAGGGGAUACAUAUGACGAAUCCCUGUCUAAACUUGACUCUUCUCUGUUCAAAAAUAAGUCUCAAAAGUACAAAUCUUUGAUUGAUUCCCUAUAUUCUCAAAGUGUGGUAAAGAAUGCUUUCAUCGAAUCAGAGAUUUUAGCAUUUGAUGGAAUCAAGAAUGGACCACUCACUGUAUACUUUAAUUUGCAUGUGGACACACACCGAAUUAGAGUUGAUGCUGGGGACCUCUUCAUCGUGUUUGCUGAUUUCGUAAGAAAUGCAAAAGGGAUUCUAAAUGGAACACUUGUUGUGGAUCAGGAUUCUCUGGAAAUUCAAGAACGAAGUAUGGCCUUCCUGUACCUCCCAGCCACGACUGAUCGGAACUAUGUCGUCAUCGAAAGUGGAAAUGUCUCCUCUGAAGACUCCACAUAUAUUUCGACACAACGGCCGAGCCUCUUCUCCUCCACGACUCGACACGCCAACAAGCACGAGAAAGUUUCAAAGAAAAGCCAAGCCACUGCCAAUGACUUGGGAGAAGUGCUUGAUUCGAGCAGUGAGUCCAGUUCCAUCAAUUCAGUGGAUGGAAGUUGCGCCCCGCUGUCCAUCGAUUUCUGUGUCAAUGUGACAUCUUCUAAACAACAAAGACAUCUGGACGAUCUGACCGUAUUACAACUCGCUUCAAUAGUGGAAUCUCAGUGUUACCCUUUCGCCGCACAUUUCCUUUGCUCAUGGGGAGUUGCCUGCCAGAAGGAACAACAUUUGGAUAAUAACGGUCUCCCACUUCUUCCAUGCAGAGAUUAUUGUGAUGAAUUUAUGUCAAAUUGUGGACACAAGUUGCCUCGUCAGAUUAAGGAUAAGCUAAAGUGCGGAGGAGAGUGGAAUGGGGUGGGGUCAUGCAUUACGAAACCAGGUUGUGUCCAAUCUUUGUACGAGACUGGGCAGAAACAGAGGAUUUGUGAUGGAGUAAUGGACUGCAUUGAUUUCUCCGACGAAUUGCAUUGUCCCUACUGCACUCCCGGUCAUUUCCACUGCGGUAUUUCAAAUCAAUGCAUCUCUCCAGAUAAGAAGUGUGACGGAACUAUCGAUUGUCCAAAUAGUAGCGACGAAAAAGCUUGCCUAACGCUCGCUCCGUCCGCUGAAGCAGCUGGAUAUGUCCACCAAUACUUUAACGAAGGCUACCUUUUUGUUCAUGACCAAGGAAAACUUGGAAAACUUUGCGUGGAGAGGAAUGAAUCGCAGUCCAACUCUUUGUGGAGCCAAGACUCGCAACUUUUACUGGACAAUAUUGGAUCGUCCGCAUGCGAACUGUUGGGGUUUCGAAAAGUUGCGUUUGUCCGAAUUCAACCCGAUGGAGAGGCCGAAGAUGACAAGGGAAAAGAUGUGGGGACCUAUGUUAGGAUACAGGAACCGGGGUCUUCGACGGAGGUCACUUUUUCUGCAGGAACUUGCCCCUCUAAAAAAGUCCUUUAUGUGGGUUGUAAUCACUUGGAAUGUGGACAGCGUCCUUCUCACCAACGAAACUCGAAGGGCUGGGCCGGUCAUGGGGAUUGGCCGUGGCAUGCAGCCCUCUUCAAAGACGGAGACCAUGUUUGUGACGCCACGCUCGUGACUUCGCAGUGGUUAAUCACUUCAGACAAUUGUUUCAGUGGGCAAUCUAAAGCAAGAUGGACUGUGCAUUUUGGUAGGGUCAGGAUGAGCACCGUGUCCCCGUGGCAGCAGGAACGACGUGUCGUGGGAAUGGUCAAGUCUCCUCUUGGGGAUCAUCUCGUCCUCAUCAAAAUGGCAUCACCUGUCAUUUUCUCCGAUUUUGCUCGACACAUUUGUCUGCCGGAUGAACCCGAAGGCCGAACAGGUUUAGGAUUUCCUUCUUGGGAGAAAAUACCCAGUAAUUGUAAAAGACUUGGGUGGAGUAAAGGAGAUGAAUUAGUAGAAACACCAAUGCAUCAGUUGAGUCAAGAAUCUUGUAACCCAAUCCCAUUUAGUAGGCAGAAGAAAUCUCCUAUAAGUCCCAAACCGUCCGCCCUUUGUUUCGAAAAUGACCCUCCCGGACGUGACUGCUUAAAAGAGAUUAAAGUAUUUCCAGGAGGAGCAAUCUACUGUCAAAAUGAGGAAACCAAGGAGUGGGCAUUGGCUGGGAUUGUCCCCACCGAUUCCAGACCUAAAUGUGGCAUAGAAAAACAAAGGGUCUCCGCCAUUGGGGGCAGCACAGAUUGGAUUCUAAAAACUAUCGAAGCUCUCACCAAUAAUUCCUAGUGCAACCACACUAUUCGUUCAUUUCACAUUCCACAAAGGGCUCAAAUUAAUAUUAUUCACUACUUUUCAAUUUAAAUUGUUCUCUAUAUGCAUGCAAUAACUUCAUUUAAAGAACUACAUGGGUCCCCCCCAUGAGCGAUAUUUUAACUUGUGUGUUUAUUUAAUUCUUAAAAUUUGAAUGUGAGAAUUGUUAGUCCUUUUAAAUGAAUCUUUAUCGUCGUAAACUUUUAUGGGGUUUUUUACCAUUUUUAUCCUGGUCAAUUAAGAGUUGUAUUACACAUAGUGUUUAGUAAAAGUAGGUAUUAACAAAUAUUUGACGACGAGGUGUACUUACGAUUAGUUUAAUCUUAAACAUGCGAAAACGAUGAGCGGUAUUAUUUUCUACGUCUGUUUGCAAUUUUGUACAUUAAUAAACUGUAUAUAGUACAUAGUAGUGGUUAAUUAAUAAUUAUUAUCGAAUUUCUUAUUAAAACAUUUUGAAAUGAAAAUUUAAAAAUGUUCUAUAUGCAAUUAUUAUACAGGAAUGACAAUAAAGCAUUUAAUUAAUUAUGAA